ACUACGGGUCUCUGCGCGCACUGACCGCGACAUCAUAUUAUUGUUUCUCGUGCGACUAAAUCACCGGUAAUCGAUUAUUGCACCAAUCACUACACCAAAAACACCGGGACAUCCGUGAAACGAGUGAUGUGGACAGCUGGCCGAGCGCAUGCGCACACGGCAUGGGCGCAAACCCUCCACCUCAGCAACUCCACGCGCUGCAUACAACGAUGAUUGGAUGCAUUCAACAGAACAAACUGCUAAGUAGUAUUCCAAUGUGAUUGGCUCUUACUUUCAGAGCGAACAAAACCUUCUGCUGAACGCGACCAUUGUUUAAUAUCUACUGUUGCUGUACCUUAAUCUAUAUCUAAUCUAUAUCUUAUGUUCUAUUAUUCUAUUCUACCCAACAUUCGAAUCCGACGAAUGCUCCCUUGCAUGUUUGGCACGUGUUCAGCAAAUAAUAAGUGAUUUUAUUUUUAUGUAGUCUCUAAUAAAAAGCGUGCACGACAGAGAAAUUUUAAUAAAUAUGAGUAAAGCGGAGGAGGGAAAAGUAAAUCACGAAAAUGACUGGAUGGUUAGGCCAUGUAUGAUUUAUAAAGCCGAGUACGACGAUUGUACCAGUAUAAAAGCUCGUUUCAAUCAAUAUUUUAUAUUCGGCGAAAUGCUCGAUUGCAAUCAAUGGAAAACCGAUUAUCGCAACUGUUAUGAAUGGGAAAAAAAUAAAUCGGAGAAAGCAUACAACGAAUUGAUCGCGAGCGAAAUGCAGCGCAGGAAAGAGCGUUUACGUGCGCAUUAUCAGAACGAUGUUUGGGAGAGAAGAGAGAAACCACCGGAGAACUGGAAUGCUCCUUUACCUGAGUGGAUGCAGAAGGAGUUUGAAAACUCGUACCUGCAUUUAAGAAAUCAAGAGAUGAAGGGCAAGGAAAUUCCCCAGCUCAAUCCAAGAUGCACUAUAUUCAUUCUCAUAAGAACAAUUGCUGAUAUUACAUUGGAGUUUACUUUAUGAAGAGAUGUACAACUGAAAGAAAAAUGAGAACAAUGCUGAAAAGAAAUGAUUGCAAAACAUCGCGUUCAUCAAAAUGUUGAAUUGUUUUAUCGUUUCAAAGGAUGAAGGAAAAUUGAGAUAAAUUCUCAUAUAAUUUUCAUUCAAUUUUUAUCAUUUCUCAACGUAAUAUUUCGUCCAAUGAACAGAAAUACAAAAAGGAAAUUUAUAAUAAUAUUCAUUUCCCGCGAAAUAAUUCUUAUCGCGAUGAAACAUGAACGCAGCUGCGGAUCGAGACGCAUCAGCAAAUUCUGCGCAUGCGCAGUGAAAUUUGUUUCCUUCACACGAAACGACAAACCACCGACUGCGAAUGAAUGCAACAUUUCGUAAGGUCACCAAUGUCGGGCAUGCGCAAUCACGUCUGCACGCCAACUGAUAAUCUCUUGGUGUAUCUUAUUUUUCUGUUACGAUCUCACAAAAAAAAUCUACGAUGAUGUGGA